CAACACUCCGGGCCAGGGAGGGGGAUUGCAAGCGCCUCAGACCAAAUUGAGGGCGUUUGCGGAGCAUCCGAGCACCGCCCCCGCCGCUCUCCUGGCCCCCCGGGGGAGCUCCCGCACUGGCGGCGGCCUUCACGGUCUCUGAGCCCACAGUCUGGGUCUCCUGCAACCACUGGCCCCCGGGCCACAGCCCAGCGCAGAGCCAGGCCCCAACCCCGACCCGGGGCCCACAACUGGCGCUUACAGCCAGCCGUCCCACGAUGCCGCAUACCCCCGCGGCCGCGAGUGGUGAGGUCCGGCCCCGCCCCCGACGCGCGAAGGGGCGGUGCGCCCGCCCGUCACGUGACGGGGGAGUGACCUCGCCGCCCGGCGCCAUGGGGGCUUCGGACCCGGAAGUGGCGCCCUGGGCUCGCGGCGGUGCCGCGGGAAUGGCGGGAGCCGGAGCAGGAGCAGGAGCUCGCGGCGGAGCGGCGGCGGGGGUCGAGGCCCGGGCUCGCGACCCGCCGCCCGCACACCGCGCGCACCCGCGCCACCCUCGGCCUGCGGCGCAACCCUCCGCCCGCAGGAUGGACGGCGCGUCCGGGGGCCUGGGCUCCGGGGACAACGCCCCGACCACCGAGGCUCUUUUCGUGGCGCUGGGUGCAGGAGUGACGGCUCUCAGUCACCCGCUGCUCUACGUGAAGCUGCUCAUCCAGGUGGGUCAUGAGCCGAUGCCCCCCACCAUUGGGACCAAUGUGUUGGGGAGGAAGGUCCUCUACCUGCCGAGCUUCUUCACCUACGCCAAGUACAUUGUGCAAGUGGAUGGGAAAAUAGGGCUGUUCCGAGGCCUGAGCCCCCGGCUGAUGUCCAACGCCCUCUCCACCGUGACCCGGGGCAGCAUGAAGAAGGUUUUCCCUCCCGAUGAGAUCGAGCAGGUGUCCAACAAGGAUGACAUGAAGACUUCUCUGAAGAAGGUGGUGAAGGAGACCUCCUAUGAGAUGAUGAUGCAGUGCGUGUCCCGCAUGCUGGCCCACCCCCUGCAUGUCAUCUCAAUGCGCUGCAUGGUCCAGUUUGUGGGACGGGAGGCCAAGUACAGCGGCGUGUUGAGCUCCAUUGGGAAGAUUUUCAAAGAAGAGGGGCUGCUGGGAUUCUUUGUUGGCUUAAUCCCUCACCUCCUGGGAGAUGUGGUUUUCUUGUGGGGCUGUAACCUGCUGGCCCAUUUCAUCAAUGCCUACCUGGUGGAUGACAGCUUCAGCCAGGCCCUGGCCAUCCGCAGCUACACCAAAUUUGUGAUGGGGAUUGCAGUGAGCAUGCUGACCUACCCCUUCCUGCUGGUUGGUGACCUCAUGGCUGUGAACAACUGUGGGCUGCAGGCCGGGCUCCCCCCUUACUCCCCAGUGUUCAAGUCCUGGAUCCACUGCUGGAAGUACCUGAGCGUGCAGGGCCAGCUCUUCCGUGGCUCCAGCCUGCUUUUCCGCCGGGUGUCAUCAGGAUCGUGUUUUGCCCUGGAGUAACCUGAAUCACCAAGAAAAAAAAAGGAAAAACAAAAACAAAAACAAAACAACCACCCAGUCUCAGCCUGGCCACCAUGCGUGAGGCCUGAUCAUCUCCGGGCACCUGUAAGACGACCAACCCAGCAACACCUAGCACAGCUGGGCUUUGGUUUCCAUAUUUGCCAUGUGUCUGUCCAGAAGCAGGGGUUGGGUGGGGAUAAGGCUUCGCCCAGUGGAUUGUUCACCAUUGCACCUGGGAAAGGUGGGGUGAGGCUGGGGAACUGGGGCAGAGUCCUCUCCCUUUGUGGAUUUGCCGAGUCUGCCCUGUGCAGGGGGCCAGAGAAUGGCUUGCGGGCGCCCAGGUUGGAUGGGUGAAGGCUCACAGGGUCAGGUCCCACCCCCCAGCCACACCCCUCAAGUCAGCCCCAGGCUCCAUUCCUGCAGCUCAGCUGGGAGUGUCGCUCUCCUGCUCUGUAAAUACAGCUCGAUCCCCUUCAUGAGGCCACCAUCAUGUCCAGGCCUAUGCUAGGAAGCUCUCGCUAGGUUCUGCCUUCGUUUUUCUCAACACUACUUUUCUGAUGAGAAGGCAGCACCUUCUGAAUGGGAAAUCAUGUGACCGCCCAGAAUGUAUCGCCCUUGUCCAGUGUUCAUUGGUUUAAUGGUGAUGCCUCAUGUGCAGGAUCUGGUUGUUACCUGUUCAGUUGUAAACACCCAGACAUUAGACAGAUCAGUGUCUCUAGUCCUACCCAGUUUCAAGUUCCUAAUACGAUCUGACCCUUUCUCCCCCAAAUAAAUGUAUUGGUGGUGAUUUGGA